AGCUCAAGUUCUUGGUUUCUCACGUGCCCAGCUUGCUCUUGGCGCAUGGCUUGGUUUUGGGAGGGGCGCGGCCGCUACAAUGCCUAUGACGAGAAGAUCAAUGAAUACAUCGAGAUGGCGUACCAGCAAUACCAAAGUGGAGUGACUUCUGGCGUUCAAGUGGUUUUGCCCCAAGGCUCCUACUUCAUCAGCUUCCCUGCCAUGCGGCAGAUGAGAGUGGAUGGCAGCAUGAGGACUCGCCAGGUGCAACGUGCAAGUGCCCCUCCGACGACAAAGGAAGCCGAGCCAGAGAAGACGAAGGGGAAGGAGGCUGAGCCGAAGGAGACCGGGGACAAGGCGGAGAAGACAGAGGAGAAGACCAUUAAGCCAUUUGACCCUCCCCCUUAUCAAGGCCUUCCCCCUCCUCCGGCCCGUGGCCCACGCACGCCCUACUUCGCGACGCCGAAAGAUCUGCAGAGAGCAAUGAGCAGCCAGCGGCUGAGGCAAGAGCGGGCAACCCGGCCUCGGCCGCGCAGUCAAAGUGGCAACAGAAAAACAGCACCGCGUGCGACGCUGAAUCUUGUGUUGAGAUGACUUGGCCAUGCUAUGUGAGUGAUUCUCCUAAACAUGAUCUAGGCAGUGGGUCCAUCCUUUCUCACCUACGACAGGCUUUGUGUCAGAUAUUCCCCAAAGGGGCGCUGGAGAUUUGGGCCGCCCCUCUGGCAUGCCGUGCCAGUCCGUCCAAGCUGGAAGGCCUUCAGACACGCUGCGACCUAGAGGUUUUCUUUGGGCCGCGUCCAAGGCUUUACCAUGCGCAGUGGGCGACGUUGGCAUGCAUCUCUCACUCCAAAGGAGUCCUUGAACCGGACU